AUUAUGCCCGCGCUGUGUUACUCCAGUUUUAUGUUCAGUUUUUUCUUUUGCUGCUCUAUGCAAUUACUUUCAUACAUUUGGCAACUGAGCAGGCGUGUAACUGCCGAGUUUGCAGCCAAUCCGAAUGCAGAUUACUGCGACGCCAUCAAAACAAACGGGAGCUGCCCCGAGCGGAAGAGUAGGUGACAGCCCGCUGACAGCUGAAGGCGUGAGUGCUGAUCUUGGCGUUUUAUCGUUUAUCCAGUAUGCAUUUGCAGUAUGCUCAGCUGUAUUGAAAAUUGACUCCUUUCCUCCAGGUGACCUUCAUUUUCCCAGGUGUCCUCCAUGUGUAUCCUGCUGUUUAAGUUUGAUCCACGGCCUGCAACUAAAAAUGCUUACAGGCUAAUCUUGGCUGCCAAUCGAGAUGAAGUUUAUAAUAGGCCAGCAAAGGUGGCAGAUUUCUGGGGAGAUUCCGGAGAUAUCCUCAGUGGCUUGGACAUGGAAGAAGGUAAAAAGGGAGGAACUUGGUUAGGAAUCAGCAAAAAAGGAAAGUUGGCUGCUUUGACAAAUUACCUGGAACCUUCAAGUAAUGCUGAUGCCCUAGGCAGAGGUAGCCUGGUGUCCAACUUUCUGAUGGAUAACUUGGAUUGCUUUUCCUACUUGAAAAAAAUCUCAGCUGAAGGCCACCUGUACAAUGGCUUUAACCUGCUAGCUGCUGAUUUUAAAACAAAAGAAGAUACCAUGUGUUAUUAUGGAAACCGGGGAGCUGAAGUGCCCACUUUCUUGAAACCAGGUAUUUACGGUCUUAGCAAUUCUCUACUUGAAACUCCUUGGAAAAAACUUCAACAUGGCAAGCAGCUCUUCACUGCUGUGGUGAAUCAAAACCUGCCUUCUGAGAGCCUGGUACAGCAGCUGCUGAACGUCUUGAACAAUCAGGAGCCACAGUUACCAGACCCAGCAAUAGAAGAACAAGGGAAAGAUUUUAUCCAUGCCAUUGUUAACAAGUAUGCAGCAGUGUGUGUGCGAUCACCAGGAUACGGCACAAGGACUAACACUAUCAUCCUCAUUGAUGCAACAGGACAAGUCAGUUUUACUGAACGUACAAUGCUCGAAUCUGACAUCAAUCAGUGGAAAACUAGCACAUUUACAUUUACGCUUCACGAGUAACAGACAUUUUUGCUCUGCCAACUGUGGAAUUAUGUUUAGUGCCUUUUAAUGAUCCGUUGAAGUGGAGAAAAUGUAUGUGACUCUUUGUUACCGUAAUACACCUCACUGAUUCCUUGCCCUAACUAACUUUUUCUGUUAUAAAUCAGAUGAAAAUAGUGCCCUUCUAGUGCCAUUUUGAAAAAUGAGACGUGCUUGCAGUUUGACUCCUGAAGUUCCUUUAAUCAACAUACUUUAUGUAGAACCACUGAGACUCCACAUAGUGUCUGGAUUUUUUUUUAUCAUUUCAUUGCAGGUUUGUGCUGCAGAAAUAUUUUUAUUAUAUUUUAAUAUAAUGAGAGUAAAUAUGGAAAUGAGUUAGUUUAUUUAUUAUUGUAGUCUCUACUUCCCAUAACUUAUUCUUUAAAGGCAGCAGUUUGAGCAGAAUCAUGACAUUCAGCAGUGCAAAUAUGAUUAAUAUUAAAACUGCCUCAUAUAUUAUGUUUCUGUUACCUUCUAAAAUUUUAAAAUAACAUUAUUUAUACUUUGUGUUGAAGGUAUAGGAAUUAUAAUCAAGCUACCAUUGUUUUGCUCUGCUUCACAAAAACAAACACUCUUACUUUUUAAAAAGCAUAUUACUUGCUGCAGUUUUCAACCACAUCAACUUUUUUUUCCUAAGUAGCCUCCUUCCCUUUUCUCCUGAAUUCCCCUGUGCUAAGGGGAAAUUAAGGUGAGGUAUAAAUGGUUUUUUAUUUAUUACUAUAUAUGUAUUCUCUUAAGUGGGAACAAAAUCACACCACAUACUGUGAGUAGCUGUCAGUCAGCUAGAGACCAAAUGCUGAUAAAAGUCUAAACAAGUCCUGUUAUUUACUUAAGUCAAUAUUAAUAAGUUCAGAUCUUACGUAGCUUUAUAUUUUAUUCUUCUGGCUUGCUGCAAAGCAGACAAGGUUAAUUGAAGAAUGCACAUUAUUUAAUUGCACAGUAUAAUUUAGUAGCAUUCAUUAUGUGAAGUAUAACAUAAGCUAAUUGAUUUAAUGUAAAUUGGUCUUCUUCAUCUGUAUAGGCAGAAUGAAAGGAGAUUUUCAGCAUAUGCACCAGCAAACUGCAGAGAAUAACACACGGUUGGGACCAAGCUUUUUACACAGAAACAAAUGAUUUCAAAUCUGUGUGCACACUCAAACCUAAUUUGAGAUGCUAACAGCAGUUAAAAGCUUCACUAUGUGAAAUCAGUGUGCACAGUUUCAACUAAACUCAUGAUACUUUUAGGAGUUCACUUUAGCAUCCUUCUUGUUACUAAAGAUCUUGAAUGAUGCUGUAUACUGUGUUAUGGUAUUACGUCACCUCAAUUCAACAGGAGGACAAGUCUGAAGCUUCCCUGGGUCUCAAGUAUCACUGAAGUAAUAAGACUAAAUUAUUUACAAAAUACAGUACCUUUUUUAGUGGGGUGCAAGAAUAUGCAUGCACAAUGUACAAUUUUGUUUUACUGAAAAGUAUCUUUGCUCUAAAAUUAUACAUGAAUUGUUUAUUGUUGGUCUAAUUUCAGCUUGUUAAAACUGUACUGCAUUAGUUUACACUUUUCAGAGUGAUACAAGACUACAAAGUAAAUAUAUAAGCUUCCAUUAUAAAUAUUGAUAAUCUUUAUCAAUAAGUAAAGGCACUGAAGUAUAAUAAAGACACUCCAUCAUUUCUCUUGCCGUUUUUGUACCAGCAAUAUAUCAAAUUUUAUAAAUGUAUCUGCUCUCCCAUUUGUUUACAACAAACCGAGUAUUCGACGCUGUAUGCUCACAUUGGUGGUCCAAUAACUUAAGUGAAGGAGUAUCUGUCAGUAUAUAGUGUGGAACUGGACCCGGACACAGACAGGCAGACACGUAUUCACCCCACACAUGUUUAAUAAAGUGCUCCAUUAUUUACAAAAGUGCCACAGUCCCCAAAAGUCCCCAAAGUCCUGACCAACACACACAAUGCCUUCACUUCUCUUCAGGCCGCCUCCUCGUCUCCUCCCAGACCUCAUCCGUCUUCCUCCCGAUUCAAAUCUCUCUAUGAAGGGAGGCGGCCCCUUUUAUAUGCACCCGGAUGUGCUCCAGGUGCUUCCCAGCAAUCUUCCACUGGCACUCCCCAGUGUGGCGGAAGUGCCGGCUGCGUACCUGGAAGCACUCCGGGUGUCCUUGCUUCUCUUCCCCCCAGCACUUCCGGGUAUGGCGGAAGUGCUGAGGUCCAGGGCUCCCAAGCAUCGAUGGUCCCCAUAGCAACCAGGGUGGUCGCCCCCAUGUGGUCUGAGGCGGGCAUAAGCCCUCUUCCGGUCCACCGGGGUGUCCCAGCUGGGUCGCCCCCACAGCCACCUACGACAAUAGGGAAAACAUGUUUUCUCUGCACAAAAAUUGGCACAGUGGGUCUGAAGGCUAAAGUUGAAAUGUUAAUCUGGUUAUGUAUUAUCCCAAAGAUAAGUGUAUUAGGUCCAGUGUGAGAAGUGUUAGUGAUUGGUUCCUUGUCAUGUAUUAGCAUCUUAUCCAGAGUUGCCUCCUAUUUUGCUUCUAGCACUGCCAGAAAUAUUUCCAUAUUCCCUAAAAAUUGGGGAAAUUGGGUCUGGAAAUGGAUAAAUAAAUGGGCUGCUUUGGUGCUAUUACUAGUUACAAUAAAGCAGUUUGCCAUUAUGCUGAAUUUUGUUGCAGUCAUCUAUUUGGUCAUCAAACAUUAACAUGCUGAUAUACAACCAUAUUUUUCUAGUUAUCAUCUUUGUAUAUAGUGCAAUGUAGCAGACUACAGAUAUGGACAAAAUAUCACCUAAACACAGGGUAUAAUUCUGUUGUUUUAUAACUCUAACAACAGUGAUAUUCAAUUGCAAAUAUAUUUUUUAGCUUGUCAGGGUCCAAAAAUGAGGGUCUUAUUUAAAGUGCAUUUACUCCAUUUCUUUAAUUGAAAAAUAUGGAUACUGGAGGAUGCUCUGCGUUCACAUUUCUGGCUUGCUUGCAUUACCAGGAAGUAUUAAACUGAGAUUUACUGAGGUUUUUGUGAUAAUGCAGUGUUUACUUUUAAAGAUGUUAAAAAUAGAACGCAUACACAACCCAUGUAUUAAGCAAUUACACAAUGAAAGGCAAUUACUAAUCUCUUUUACACAUGCAGGCUGUCCCAGGAACUGACAAGUAAAUACCUGGGUUGAGUAUGCAGUAUAUAUAAACAAAGUUAGGUCAAGAAUCCCUUGCCAGUUCACUAGUUUUUUUCCUAGGCUCAGAUGCAGUUUAAUUUCCAGAAAAUUCAUGGGUUGGCAAAAUUGAAGAGUAAAGCACACAAAUCAUAGUGGCAUCUUCAGUUAAAAUCUAAAUAAAGCAAUCAUCAAAUCCACUGGGUUAGCUUUUUUAUUAUUGGAAAAUAAUAUUGGAAAAGAAAUUUAAAUAUGGGAGCUGCUCUCCAUUCUAAUCAAGCCAAGAACUAUUAAGCUAACUUACCACAAGACACAGCCACCAUCAUGGCUGCUACCUUCCACCAUCAAAGGAGUGUCAUGGGGUGACAGGAUGUGUAAUGCACUGCAUAUGUCUCAUUAGAAAUGAAACGGGGGGCAGAUCAGGGUGCAUGGUAUUCUGCAUAUAUCAUGUUGCUGCUUCUUUGUGUAACAGCAACAUUCAUCUCUGUGUGCUUACCGCUUCAAAUUUCAUUGUGCUCUUUUCAAUUUUCAAUCAAUUGUGUUGGUUCUGUCUCAAAUGUACAUUAUAAAAAAAUGUUAAAAAUAAACAGAAGAAACGAAACACUCAACCAUUGCUUCUGCUUUUUUAAGACAAAAAAUCAUAACAAAAAAGGCAUCUGAAAGUUACAAAUCUUUUGUGACUCUUUUAGUGAGAUUAGAGGUGCACGUGUGUGCAUGUGCAGGUUUUACUGGUGUGUAAGAAUAAACUAAUCCUAAUAAAUUCUUAGGAUGGUUAACCCAGGAAUUUCUUGGGUCACAUUUGUGGAAGGGACUGUGCAGGGAAGUGAUCAUACAGUAGCUGUGUGCUCUAGGAUGGUGUCAUUCACCAUUAAGUAAGAAGAUCAACACACCAGCAAAAAAGUAUUGGAUAAGGCAAAGCAUUAACACUUAAGGCAAGUCUCCCUUGUUUCUCCCUCUUCUAAAUGCUAUGGGUGGUAUGGAGGUACAGUAACUAUUUUAUAGGAUGUUGUCUCUAACUUUUGAAUGCACUAUGCUUAGCAAAGUCUGAUAUACAAGGAAAUAAUGAAGAAAAUUAUAUUAUUAUUCUGUAUGCUGUUCUGUGUAGCAACUAGAUUCUGGAAGUUUUAUUUAUUUAUUUAUUUUUUACCUCAUCUAGUUUUUCCUUUAUGCUUUCUUUUGCCUUUAUUCAGAACUGCAUAACAUCUGCUUUGCUUAACUAGUGACUACUGGGAUUACCAAUGGAAAAAGAAUAUUGAUUUGCGCCAUCUGCUAAGCUGAAGUGCUUACUACAGAAGCCGUGUCACCAAGUGAUGGAUGACCAUCCAUGUAUUUUCAAACCUGUUUAAUCCAACUUAGGGGUGUGGGUGGCCAAAACUUAUUCCAGCAGCAUCACACACAAGGCAAGAAACAGCCCUGAUUGGCAUAUCAGUCCACCACAGGGCAUACUCAUGCACACACCAAUGCUUAGUAAAUGCAGCCAUUUUAGAUUUCUCUAUAAACUAACAUACAUUUGUUUAGGAUGUGUAAGGGAAACUGAAGUACCCAGAGAAGACCCUUUAUAGCCAUGCAUCUUUACAUAGGCAGUGAUCAGGCCCAAUCUGUGCUAUUCACAAAGAAACUGCGCUGGCCCAUUUACUUUAGUAUAACAUCCUUCUUAGUAAAGAAACAUUGAACAACACAUAUUUAAAAACACAAAAUGCACUUCAAUGCAGAGAAGCUUUUAUCUGUUGCACCUCUACAUUAUAAUCUCCUUUUUCAACCCUCUCAAACCUACAAAGUAUUUAAUGUCUGGGAUUAAAUCACAAAGUUUACAAAGUUAUUGUCUGUUAUACCUGCAUUUUUAUCACUUUAAUAUUGUUUUUUAUCAGUAUGCUGCUGCUGGAGUAUGUGAAUUUCCCCUUGGGAUUAUCUAUCUAUCUAUCUAUCUAUCUAUCUAUCUAUCUAUCUAUCUAUCUAUCUAAAGAGAUUUCUAUAUAGAUGAUGUUUUUAGGUCUUAUGAACAAUUACACUUCAAAUUUAAUUUCCCAUCAACACAAUUUUUCCAUUAUUUUCAAAUCAGAAACUUUGCUAAAAGGAACCUUUUUCCUCAACUCCCAUCCAGUUCUAUUCCAAAAACAAUACUAAUCAGUCUUGAAGACUCAGACAUCACUGCAAUAAUAUAUAAAAACAUAUUAAAGUUUCUUCCUUUCAAAGAUUCUAGGGUCUGCUGGGGAAAGAAUCUUUCACUUAAUAUCUCAGAAAAAGAGUGGAAGGCAGCCAUGAAUAGAAUACGCUCCAGCUCCAUAUGCACAAAGCAUUCAAUCAUUCAACUUAAAAUCUUUUAUUGAAUGCAUUCAUGUUGUUUAAAAUUGCCCAAAAUGUAUCAGAUGCAAGAUUCAACAUGUGAACGUUGCAAUUUAGCUCCAGCCUCACUGGACCACGUGUUUUUUGAGUGUGCCAAAUUAACAUUAACAUCACUGUGGACAAAAAUCUUUGCUUGCCUAUCAGACAGCCUUGGUGUCAGAGUCACUCCUAACCCAUUAACAGCCAUAUUUGGUGGAAUCCUGGACGGUUUUGAAGUGGAGAAGGACAUAUUGAUUGUAAAUGCUUAUACCACAUUAUCAGCACGUGCUUAACUGGAAGAAUCCCAGCCCACUUUUUAUAAGUCAGUGGGUAACUUAUGUUCUGUACUAUUUGAAAUUGGAAAAAAAUCUAACUCUAACUUAGAGGAUCUAUUUAAAACUUUUUAACAAUAUGACAAGAUCUAAUUAAUAAAAUUUUAGAAUAAGCAUUUAUAAUGUGGAAAAGGACAUUCUUCCUUACCCAUUUUUUAAUUUUUGCCCAUGCUGUUGGCUAUCCUGUAUUUCUCUUGGGUGGGGGUUGAAUUCUGUUUGUUAAAUUUGUUAGAUUCAACUUGAUUGUAUGCAAUAUUGUUUUCUUCAUUGUACAAGUUUGACUUGAUUAUAUGAAAUGUUAUUUUCUUUAAAUAAAAU